AUGUCUUUCAACGCUGUUGGUUCACUCUAUCGACGAUCGUUGAAACUCGCACUUGACUGGGCGGUACAUAGACAAGUGUGGCGUGGACAAGCCGUAUACAUUCGAUCGCUUUUUGAAGCAAACAAAGAUGUCCGCGACCCCCGUCAGCAAAAGGUGCUACUACGGGAGACAGAGAAACUGCUAGAGUCAUGGAAACACCCUGACCCUUACCGAGCCCCUACAGCUCCAGGUGGAUCCAAAUAUGAGAGAAAUAUCCCUGCCAGGAAAUUACCUUAUGCUUUUGAACAUGGGGGGGUCCAUUGA